AUGUCCGCGAGCCCUUUCCUUAACGAGGCCUUAUUGCCCGGCCAUGGAUCGAUCCACCUGGCCCUGCUGCCGCCGAACACUCCCCGGCUCCGGACUGUCAAGUAUCAGUAUCCGUUGAAACUAGUUUCUCCUGCUCCGAUCCGGAUAGAGGCCGAAGCAGAACACUUGGUACAUACAGUGUACCUUUUGACUUACGGCGGGGGUCUUGUAGCUGGGGAUUGUAUCGACUUAAAGAUCGUCCUUGAUCCUUCCACGAGACUCAUCCUGCUCACACAAGGGAGCACCAAGCUGUUCAAGUCGCCUAGCAGAGAUGUGGUCAGCAGACAGCAAACAACGGUCACUCUGGCACCUGGAUCAGCUCUGUGCUACCUUCCGGACCCAGUUCAGCCAUUUGAGAACAGCUCUUUCGCGCAGGAACAAGUCUAUAAUGUCACCUUGAGAGACACGUCCAGGGUCGACUGUGCAAGCUUAUGCGUUCUGGACUGGGUCUCGAACGGACGUCCAGCGAAUGGAGAGAACUGGUCGUUCCAUCGAUACGGAAGUCGCAAUGAGAUCUACAUGUAUCUACCGGACGGUUCAAGAAAGCUACUUCUUCGAGACAAUAUGUCACUGGACGAGAAGUUCACUGCCGGGUCAAUUGCAAAUCGAAUGGAAGGCUUUGCUAUCUAUGGAACACUAAUACUCUUCGGACCACUAUUCACCCAUCUUGGCCAAUUCUUCAUGAAAGAGUUCAAGCUCCAGCCUCGUAUCGGCGGGAAGAAAUGGGACAGCGGCAGCGACAGUGGCGAUGAAAAUCUUGAUCUGCAUGUAGUACGUCGUGUCAAAAGACAGCGAAGAGAGACCGCGACGGGUCUCUUGUGGUCCGCGGCGUCCGUCCGAGAAUGUGUUCUGGUCAAGUUCGGAGCACCCACUCUCGAAGCCGCCCGGAACUGGCUGCAUACCAUGCUGAGUGAUGAGGGCAGCGUGUCGACUCACUUCGGCGAAAGAGCGCUACUCUGUCUCCGAUGA